CGGCAGUGUGUCAAAACAUGACGGCUCCUUCCAGGUCAAAGUGCUGCACUUCCUGUUCGGCGGUAAAGCGUGUUCUGGUUUGCGAACUGCAAACGUUAUUGUACAAAAUAGUCGUAUAAUUUACUAAUUCCCAGACCGCAUUAAAAAGAGCAGAUAUGAGUUUACCUCUGAACCCAAAGCCAUUCCUGAACGGCCUGACAGGCAAGCCAGUGAUGGUGAAACUGAAGUGGGGAAUGGAGUACAAAGGCUACCUGGUGUCAGUGGACGGGUACAUGAAUAUGCAGCUGGCAAACACAGAAGAGUAUGUGGAUGGAGCAUUGGCGGGUCAUCUUGGUGAAGUGCUCAUCAGGUGCAAUAACGUUUUGUACAUCAGAGGUGUAGAGGAAGAGGAAGAAGAUGGAGAAAUGAGGGAGUGAUGUUGAUGAAGAGGACCCCGCCUGUUCUGUCUAAGUGCGAUUGUAGUUGAGUUGAUGUGUGUUUGUGUUUUCACCAUGUGAAACAAAUGAACGUUUGGGGCGUUUUUUUCUUUCUUUUCUUUUUUUUUUUUUACUGUAUGUGAGGCCAAUUUUGUGUUGUAACUUUUGUGAUAGAAACACAAUAAAUCAUUAUACCCUUUCUUAA